AUCUUCAGUGCUCCCUUCUGAGACUCCUCCAAAGCCUGAGAGAAAGAACAUCUACGCAGUGUCUUUUUACAGGCACUGCCAUAAGGGGUGGGGGGAAGGGUAUAGCCAUCUGGAGGGUUAUCUUCCCUUGCUUGGACCUAAGAGACAACAGAUGCAAUGGAUUGGCUUCCUUACAGAACAGCUGCUGUACUGUUCAUUUUAAUGCUCUGUUCACAGCAAUACCUUGCUUGACUUCAAAGAGAGCAGGCUCAACCCCUAAAAUGAACAGCACUGGGAAACAGAACAAAUCAGGAAUUAAGGGCAUGUUCAGUCAUUUGGAUGCAAGUAUUCCUGGAGUUCAGCACUGGUGCUUUUCAUGUUAAGGUGAGAGAAUGGAAUGAAAAAGGCGUGGAGAGUCGGAAAACCCAUUGGAGGCAGAAACGAGAAUGGAUUAAAUUUGCUGCAGCCUGUAGAGAAGGAGAAGAUAAUUCAAAGAGAAAUCCAAUUGCAAGGGUCCGAUCUGAUUGUGAAGAAACUCAAUCAAUUAUAUACAGAAUCACUGGAGUAGGGAUUGAUCAGCAUCCUUUUGGAGUAUUUGUCAUUAAUCAAAAGACUGGUGAAAUUAAUAUAACAAAAAUAGUAGAUCGAGAGGAGACUCCAGUAUUUGUUAUUAAGUGCCUUGCUAUAAAUGUGGUGACUGGGCAAUCAGUGGAAACUCCACUUGACCUUCGAGUUCGGAUUCUGGAUAUAAAUGACAAUGCGCCAGUAUUUACACAAACAGUGUUUGCAGGGUCAAUUACAGAGAGUAGCAUGGAGAGCACAUUAGUGAUGAAAUUAACUGCUACAGAUGCAGAUGAGCCAAAUAACCUGAAUUCCAAAAUUGCCUACAAGAUUGUGAGUCAAAAUCCUGGAGGUCCAUCAAAGUUUAUUUUGAACAAACAGACCGGAGAACUUCACAUUGCAAAUAUCCUUGACAGAGAGGAACAUGGAAGCUACAGUCUGGUUGUGAAAGGCACAGACAGGGAUGGAGGUCCCGAUGGAAUAUCAUCUGAAUGUUUGUGUGAGGUUACUGUAAUUGACGUAAAUGAUAACUUUCCAACUCUUUCACAGAGCUCGUAUUCAGUUACCAUUGUAGAAAAUUCACUCAGCCAAGAGUUGAUGAGGAUACAAGUUUUUGAUGCAGAUCAAGAGUUUACAGAUAAUUGGUUUGCAGAAUUUUAUUUUAUUUCUGGAAAUGAAAACAACAAUUUUGAAAUAGUACUAGACCAAACAACUAAUGAGGGUAUCCUGAGAUGCAUAAAGGAAAUUGAUUAUGAACAAUUUUCAAGCAUAUCACUGAGUAUUGGUGUGCGAAAUGUAGCUCCUUUCCACAUUUCAGUGGCUUCUCAAUAUCAAACUCAGGGUACCCCAAUUAUAGUACAAGUAACCAAUGUACUAGAAGGACCAGUAUUUAAUCCAUCUACACUGCAAGCAACUGCAUCUGAAAGUUUGACAAGUGAAACUAUACUCACGUAUACAGUUGGAACAUUCCAGGCCAUGGACCAGGAUUCUGGAAGAGUUGCCACUAAUGUCCGCUAUGUGAUGGGGCUUGAUCCAGCUGCCUGGUUUCGAGUCAACCCAACAACUGGCGAAAUCACUUUUAGUAAAGUGAUUGAUCGGGAGUCAAUCUAUGUAGUUAAUGGGGUAUAUACUGCAGAGCUGCUAGCUAUUACUAAAGACAGUCCUUUCACAACAGCGACUGGCACCAUUGUGCUUACUAUUCAAGAUAUCAAUGAUAACUGCCCAACUGUAACAAAUGAAAUCAGAAAAGUAUGUACUGACAGUCCGACAGCAGUAAUCACAGCUAAAGAUCUAGAUGGACCACCAUAUGGAGCACCUUUCAAAUUUACAAUAGUGGCUCAGUCUCCAGGAAGUUCAUGGAAUAUCAGAAGAGUGAAUGAUACCUCAGCAGCACUGUUCUCCCAGAAUAUAGAGUUUGUAAUUCACGAGGUCCAAGUUAAAGUGUUCGACAACAGUGACAGAAGCUGUGAUAGGCCAUUGAUAAUUCCUUUGCAAGCCUGUCACUGUGACACUAGUAGGAUAUGUGUCAAUUCUGCUACGCGAAGAAUCACUGUUACUGUUAUUAGUGGUGGUGGGACAGGAGGUGGCGGAGGAAUCGGUGAGGGACAAACUGGUGGGACAGGAGGAGGAAAGGAUGGAACAGGAGGAACAGGUGGUGGGACUAGUGGUGGCGGUUCACAAUGGGGCACUGGUGAUGGUGGUUCACAAUGGGGCACUGGUGAUGGUGGUUCACAAUGGGGCACUGGUGAUGGUGGUUCACAAUGGGGCACUGGUGGUGGUAGUUCACCAUGGGGCACUGGUGGUGAUAUUAAUGGUGAAACUGGAGUUGACAAUGGUUAUGGAUGGAACAGAAACAAUGGAGAACUUGCACUUAGUCCUGCUGCCAUUGCCCUGAUGAUUCUUGGAGGACUAAUAUUUGUGUUGGUUCCAAUUCUGAUGUCACAGAGUGGCUGUUGUGGCUAUUUUGGAUCUGGCCCUGUUGGUGGAGUUGGGGCUGGAUUUGAGCCUGUGCCUGAAUGCACAGAAGGAGGCAUUCAUUCAUGGGGAAUUGAAGGAGCACAGCCUGAAGACCGGGAUGUGUCAAAUAUUUGUGUGCCCGUAACAGCUGCAGGCUAUGGUGACUCCUCAGAUAUCUACAACACAAAGUAUGGAGAAGGAGGUGUGGUGAGUUCAGGAGUUGAAGAAACAACAGGACUUGGAGCAGUUAAAGGCUAUGGGACAACUGCAGGCUAUGGAACAACUACAGGCUAUGGAACAACUACAGGCUAUGGAACAACAGGAAGAAAAGAAACCUUUGGAGGGACAAUAAAAGAAUACAGAGAGAGUGGAGUGAAUAUGGCUUUCUUAGACAGUUACUUUUCUGAGAAAGCGUUUGCGUAUGCCGAUGAAGACGAAGGCAGACCUGCAAAUGACUGUCUCCUGAUAUAUGAUCAUGAGGGUAUAGGCACUCCUGUUGGUUCCAUUGGCUGUUGCAGUUUUAUUGGUGAUGAUCUGGAUGAGACCUAUCUUGAUACAUUGGGACCUAAGUUUAAGACUUUGGCAGAAAUCUGCUUGGGUGUAGCAAUUGAGUCAUUCCCAGAUCCUAGCGCACUUCUGCCCAUUUCUGACAUUGAUAUAAAUCUGCCACCACCUGGAACUACCAUUGUUGUUAAUACUUCUUCAUUGCCUCCACCUACUGCUGUUGGUGGCACAACGGUUGUUACUGAAAACACCUACACAACUACUUCUGCUGUACAGCCUCUGAGGCCUAUACCUGACCCUGUGCUCCAUGGUAAUGUAGUGGUGACUGAAACGUAUACAUCCGGGUCAACAAUGAAACCUCCCACAAUUAAUGUUGAUCCUCUGUGUGCAUCAAAUGUUGUGGUAUCAGAAAGGGUGCUUGCUCCUGCCUCAUUCACUGAUAUGCAUGGCAUGAUAGAUAUUCCUGAGCUACCAGAUGGGUCUAAUGUGGUGGUCACAGAAAGGGUAAUUGCUCCAAAUUCAAGGAUACCCGCUUCCAUGAGCAUUCCUGAUCUGGCUGAUGGGUCAAAUGUAGUGGUGACAGAAAGAGUGAUUCGACCGGCCACAAGCAUUCAGGGCAAUUUGACCAUUCCUUCUGAAUUAUCAAGUGCACGCAAUGUGGUUGUUACAGAAAGAGUGAUGUCAGGGGCAGGAAUGAGCAGUGGCGUUGGUGGUCUAGGUGGCAUCACAGGUCAAAUGCUUGGUUCUGAUAAUCUCCAUAACCAAACAAUAGGAACUGCCUCUCCUGGUACAAGUCGAAGACGGGUGACAAAGUACAGCACUGUACAGUAUUCUAAUCAGUAAGGCUUCUUGCGAUUGCAUAUAGUUGCAAAGCUCCCAAUUUUUUUUAGAUUUGCCACUGAACAAUUUUUUAUUAUUUAUAUAUAGCAAAUCACAUUAGGGGAAAAAACAAAUGAUUCUUGCUUGAAAAAGAAUUUCUUAAAACUAUGCAGCCCCAAAAGGAAAUGUGGAGGCACUGCCAAUAUAGGACAACUCUGGUACAUUUCCCCCCCAACAGGAUAGUGAUUAUAAUGCAGAAACCAUUGGUGCAGCCUUUUAAUACAUCCUUGGUGUGUGAAGAGCAUUAUUGGUCCAUCACAGUGCCUUCCUACAGUCAUUUACUGAAAGUGUUCUGUAUUUGAAUGCCACAAUAUUAUUAUUAUUUUAUCUUUGCUGGCAUGGGAAGGAAAUGGAACUGUGCUCAAGGUGGCUUUUAGGAACAGCCUGAUACACUCACUCAGUUUUGAAAUUGCUUGCCAUAUUUUUAUAGUGCUUGCCCAGAAUUUCUUCUAAGUAAUAACUCCAUUAUGUAACUCAUAAUUCAGUUACUUACUAAAGCUCUUUAGUUGGCAAACAGAAGGGAGCAAGAUAUCAAAGUCUGAUCAGAGUGUGGAAAAGAGGGGAAAAUGCACUAAUUUCCAUAUGACUGACUGAUGUCACAAGCAGUCAACAUAGCAGCGUAUUGUCAUAUAGGGGCAAUACACUGCUCUAAAAAUAGAGGAUUCCAGGUCAAAUUAUUACAGGUCACUGCAAUAUUGAUGAAUGAUUUGUGUGUGCUUACAUUUAAGUCCUGGUUGCACAUCAUCAGAUCUCAGAACAUAUGACCAGUCUUUAGGAACUUCAAUAUGAUGGAAGAUAUUCUUCCCAGCUAGCUAGAGAGACUACUCGGGUCAUGAAAGAAUGACCUUUAUUACAGCAGUUAUUAGCAGUCUAGCUUACUAUGAAGUUUACACUACAUGGUGUACUGGCAGAAAAGAAAAACCUACUUGGGACUGAUGAAAAAAUUGUUAUCAAAUCAAGAACACAGGUGACAGAUAAUACAGGAAUGACUGAGGGAAUGCACUGUAUUAUAUUUUGAAAGUAAGUCUAAAUUUUGAAAGGUUUCUCUCAAAAGAAACGUGCUCUGAUAAAUCUGUAUUUCCACAAAAACCUACAAUCUCUGACUAUACAUUUGCUAUUAAAUUUUACAUGCUGCUGCAAACCCCUAAGGCUGAAAUCCUAUGCAUAGGAGUAAGUCCCAUUGAAGCAUGGAUUACUUAUGGAAUAAACUUGGGAUUGCACUGCUAAACGAAUCGUUUUUAUGUUUAUUGUGCUUUCAUGGAAGCUUACAUGCACAUAAAGCUAGGUCUAAUAAAAUACUGAAAAUCUAGACUACAUUGGCCAGGAUGCAAAGAGCUUCUUGAAGCAGGCCCAAGGUAGCUUUUUCUUCUUUGAACAGCAGAUCCUUAUGCUAUCUCACAAACUGACAAACAAUUGCCUAUUGAUAUAUGACCAUGAAGGUAAAGACACAUAUCUUGGUUCCAUUGACAGUUAUAUAUCUGUUGGAGAUGAUCUGUCAUCAGUUUCCAAAAGAGUGUGUCAUGUGGCAUAGGGUGCUGCUGUUUGAGGGACACGAGACAAAAUUCUCACUGGGCAUGCAAAAGCAUUGUCAUAGCUCUUUCGGUCCUGGCUUACAUGCUUUAGUUAUGUACCAUAUGUAAACUAAAAGUAACUGCAGUGUUGAUAACAUGCGCUGUAGUGUAAAUACAUUCGCUAUUCACCAAGAUUGUGUUUUUUUUUAUCACAUUAUAAGAUUCUAUUCUAUUCUCUUUACCUUAUAUGUGCCCCGUUGUUUUUAGCAGACAUCUAUAAAAAUUUAAGGACCUUAGUUCUUAUGGCUACUUAAGAUUGUUCCCGAUGUUCCAUUCCCAUCAGUUUUUAAAAUGCAUGUAGAACAGCAGCCAGAAAAUGACUGUAGAAAUGCAGGAACAUUUCUAGCAAAGCUACUGUAAUCUUAUCUGGCCCUCACACUUGACUUUUCUUUUGUUACAAUGGUGUUCCCCUUCAGCCAUUGUCUGGCUACUUCUCAGCAUACAUUUUUAAAACAUCAGGAGCACACCUUAGUUUCUCUUCAUAUUUCUUUGGAUCUAUUCAGUUUCAGUGGCUUGAAGCACUACAAGGGCAUAUCUAUGCUACAAAUUUUAGACCAGUUUAUCUGUAAUGGUUUCACCCCAAAACUCCAGGGAAUUAUAGUUUGAUGGAUGUGUUGAAAAUUCACUGUUGGAGUUCUCUAGCCUCCAUCACAGAACUAUUAUUCUAAGGAUUCCCUGUACUUAUGUAACUAGAUCAGCUAGAAUGCUAUAUGUGGUCAUUGUGUGUGCAACUAUGCUCAGUGUCAGAUACAAUCACCAUGGUUACUAUUCUAGUUUUGCAUAUUUCACUUGUAAAAGAUUCUCCCAUUAUAUCCAAAUCACAUUUAUAUAGUAUUUAAAAGCUUUACUUGGCUAUCAAUUUCAAUAUGAUUAUGGUUACUUAUAAAUGUUAAUAACCAUUGCUGUUGAGCAGUUGUCACUCAAAUCGAGCAGCACAAUUGUUCUCAUGAGAAAGUCCUGCACAGUGUGAAAAAGAGUAGCUUCCUUUUUCAGGGAAUGGGGGAGGAGGUUUUCUGAUUUGGUUUUACAAGCUAAACUUCAAAGCAAAACUUUCUAUUUCAUGUGUCAGUCAAUGACAAGACCCGCCAGUAAAAAACAAUCUUCCCCAACUAUGUAUCAUGCAAACACUAUAUAAUAAACAUUAGUAUAUAACUUUUUUAAAAAAUGUACUUCCUUAGCCAAAACAUUUUAAGCUGGUCUAAAUAUUUAUUUCCAUAAAAUUGCAUGGCUGUAAUUAGCAGAGUCACUUUACACUGUAUUCUUCUCUUUAAUCUUAUGAAUUUUAUAUUUGAACUAAUAUCUGGGAAUAAAAAGAAUCCCAAUACAAAAACUUAACUUUUUUUCAAUGAAAGUUUUUUUUUGAAGUAUACUUACUGUCUUUGGUAUGAUGCACUGAUACGCUUUAUACUGUUUAAUACUUAGCAAACAUAGGCUUUAAUACUUGCUUUUCCACUUAUCAACUAGCAAUAACUCUGCCCUUCAAGUUGUAUACCAAAAGCAUUUCUGAGUAAUGACCCUCAUAGCUGUUUUCUGUUGUGAUCUUUAAAAAAAAAAGAAUUGCUUUGUUUGUGAGUGAACUAUUGACUGUAUGCAGUUACAAUAAAUUGGUAAACAAGCUUAUAUUUGAAGAUGUAAAAUACUGUUCAGUUUAAUAAAAACUUCUGCCCAAAAUAUCUUG